CUUAAGUUUUGUUGGACCUUGAGGAGAUAUGUUCGGGUUGAUUUAUUUAAACCUUUAUGAAACAUGUCGCGUUUAUCACUGACCACGUGUUCACUGUUUAUAAAUAACUGUAUUUGAACUGAAAUCAAUUACAUUAAUUAAUCGUUAUUAAGAAUGUACCAGUUAAAAGUUUCUACCGUCACAGCACUGUCAACAUUGCCAGUUUCAGUCACGUGAUCGUGUCAAUGCCAGCUGAUCUUUGUUUAUGUAUACUUCAAUUCACCAUUGAUAUAUAAUAUUCCAUUAUGAAAUUGAUACCGUCAGAAAAUAUAUUUAUUUAUUUUGGCAUAAGUUCGAUCCGAACCCCCCUUCAAUAUUAAAACAUUGUUUCAGCUUGAAAGAUUAUUAAAAUGUAGCCAUGCUACAUUUAAAGAGAAUGAUCAUGUCAUACUGUCGAAUAUUUAAUGGUCGAUGUAACAAGCUAAAAUUAAUUGCCAUUUUGAUACUGUUUACAAUAUUGGUGUCUGCAUCAUUAUUUCAUAUUUUCCUGAAUGAUGAAUCUUCUGGAAGUGUGCCUCAAGUGGCCCGUAUUAAAUACAGACACCGAUUUCAACAGGUUUCCACCCGAAACCCGGACUGGGGCGAGCAUGUGGCUUCUAGAGCCUUCUCUGAUCGUAGAACGGUUGUCAGGAAACAUGCACCACUUGGAAACAGACUGUUACAUCGAGAUGUUAACGAAUCUUUGUCUGUCGCUCGAAUCAGGGAAUAUUGCAAUGUGCCGUUAAUGAAUGCCACUGGAGAAGAAGGAGAGGCUCCCCCUGGUUACAGGCUGGUUAACGUACAGGUAAUGAUCCGCCAUGGUACUCGUUCCCCGAUGUACAGCUUCACGAACCAUCACAAUCCUCAACUGAGCUGCAAGUUCGACAACGCUGCCAAGAGUAACAAUCUGAUCAGGUCUUUCAUUGGAGCGAUGAAGACCAAUGAAAGGAGGCAGAACCCAAACAGUCCAUUUUUUCGCUGGUUGCUCUAUCCUCAGCGCAAACUGUGCGGCCCCUCAGAGCUGAUGCCUUCAGGAUCGAUGCAGCACGUGCUGAACGGGUUUCACUUCCAUGAGAAAUACGUCAGGAAAUGGAGACUCUUUGGAGAGUCUUUUCGUGGUGAACAGGUUCAUGUUGUGAGCACUCUCUAUUCCAGGACAUAUCAAAGUUCCAUUGCCUUCUUAUACAGCUUUCUUCCACGAUUUUAUCUCAACGAGCUGAACAUAGAACAGACUUCAAACCUGUUCUGUGACGAGAGGUUUGUCCACUCAUCCUGCAGUUGCCCUGCGUUACACAGACUGAAGGAAACUGUCAAUGUAGAGUCUCUACAAUUCAACAGAAACAACACCAGACUCUUCAGACUGCAGAAGUAUAUCGGUAAUGUGUUUGGACUGAAGCCACAGCAACUUCCCACAAUGUGGGCCAUGAUGGAUGUGUUUAUGGGUUAUGCCUGUAACAAGGUUAAACCGUUGCCAUGCAACAGUAACAGGAAGUGCAUUCAGCCUUGGGUCAUAGCAGAGUUGUGGGAUUUGUUGGACGGUUAUGGCGUGAAGUUAAAUAAUUUAAAGUCGUAUCAGCGCUACUCACAAGUGACGAUGCAUCCUUUUUUAGCGAAGGUACUUGAACAAAUGAAUUUGAGCAUAAAAAAUAGAACAAAGGUCAAGUUUUCCUUAUUUUCAGGCCAUGAUACGACCAUAACUCCAUUGGCAGUUACUCUUGGAAUUCAUGAUGGAAAAUGGCCGCACCUUGCAAGCCGAAUUGUAUUCGAGUUGUACUCUCAAGUUGGCCAGAAAGACCGCCAUUAUGUUAAGGUGCUGUACAAUGGAAGGAACAUUACACCAGACGCGAGCUUUUGUCAAGGACACGUCAUCAAUGGAAUGUGUAAACUGAAAUAUUUCACUAGGUUUGUGAGAGAAGAAAUUCUCCAAGGAAAAACAUACGCUCAUAUUUGUCACACAAACAUGUAAUUAUUUUAGUCCCCUACCAGUCCAACAGGAGGGGAUUAUAGGUUUCAUCUGUCUGUCUGUCUGUCUGUCUGUUCUAGUGCUGUUCCAAUGAUCAAUGCUAAUCGAAAAUUCAUUGGUGGGGCGGGACGUAGCCCAGUGGGAAAACGCUCGCUUGAUGCGCGGUCGGUCUAGGAUCAAUCCCCAUCGGUGGGCCUAUUGGACUAUUUCUCGCUCUAGCCAGUGCACCACGACUGGUGUA